AACUAAAAAGUUGACAAAAAAAAAAGGAAAAAAAAAAGCAAAAGAAUCGGGAAGUUGAUGGAUGGAGGAGAGAUGGUGAACGAUUCAAUGGCAUAAAAUUCCGGCCAUCACUUGGCUCUCAAUACUAUUCAUCAUCUUUCACCUUUCAUUUGAUCACACUUGUUCUCACAUUUUUUUCCGAUUUUCGCUUAGGGUUUCCAAUUCUAAACAACAAUCUAAGGGUUUUUCUUGUUUGGAGGAAGAUGGCGGAUUGAAAGGGAAAGAAUUUGGUUUGUGUAGAAGAUUGUUUCCACGGUAGUAGUAGAUCUGAGGUUUUUGAUACUCACUCGGAGUAAAAAAUGAGCGCAUCGAGGUUCAUAAAGUGUGUGACCGUUGGUGACGGAGCUGUGGGUAAAACAUGUCUCCUCAUUUCUUACACCAGCAACACUUUCCCUACGGAUUAUGUUCCGACUGUUUUUGAUAACUUUAGCGCUAAUGUGGUUGUUAACGGAGCCACUGUCAACCUUGGCUUGUGGGAUACCGCUGGGCAGGAGGAUUAUAACAGGUUAAGACCAUUGAGUUACCGCGGUGCUGAUGUUUUCAUCUUAGCCUUCUCCCUCAUCAGUAAGGCUAGUUAUGAGAAUGUCUCCAAGAAGUGGAUCCCUGAGCUGACUCACUAUGCCCCUGGUGUCCCAAUUGUUCUUGUUGGUACCAAACUAGAUCUUAGGGAUGACAAACAGUUCUUCGUUGACCACCCUGGUGCUGUACCUAUUACCACUGCUCAGGGAGAGGAACUGAUGAAGCUAAUUGGAGCUCCUUCGUACAUCGAGUGCAGUUCAAAAUCACAGGAGGCAAGAAACAAAAAGACAAAAAAAAUUCCCUUUUCGAAAUUGUGUGUCGGCGCCUCACUGGCACUCAAGGCGGGUAUCAAAGCCGCUAUCUCCCUUAAUAUCAAAGACCUUGUCUGUCACUCAGACUCAAAAGGCUUGAUCAAUCUGAUCACAGGAAACACGUCUGUGAUUGCUCUCCAAGGAAUUCUCCAUGACAUCAGUGUGUUGAGUAAUUCCUUGUCGUCUAUCUCUUUUAAAUUUGUACCUCGGCGUUGUAACACGAUCACUGAUCGUCUGGCCAAAGAGGCUCUGUUUUCUGUAUCAAACUCUUCUUUGGGAAGAGAGAACCUUGUAGCUUAAGCUUUUAUAAAUGAAUGUUUGACCAAAAAAAAAAAAAAAAAAAAAAAAAAAAUUAUUUCCUGUUUC